UUCUGUUUUGAGUUGGAAGUGAAUGAUACUAGAAUGUAAAUGAGUUCCAAGGAUUCAGCAAUUUCUCAAUGUAAACUUCCCUAAUACGAAGAACAGUACUAUUUGAAUCAACUUUUAGCUGCAAUCUCCCUAGAAGAAUAAUUACUACUGACGUUUAUAAUUGCAAAGGAAAAGCGAGAGCGUCAGGAAAGUAUUUCCUAAGGGGGACUGUCCUUUUUCUUUAUUCUUUUGAUUCCUUUUUUUUUUAAAAAAAAAAAAAUAAAUUAUUCAAGAAUAUUUUCAUAAAAGAACAAGUCAUUGCUCUUUUAAUGAAAAUAAUUACUUUUACAUAUUUUAUCUUAGCAGCAUUUUUUCUAACUAGAGAGGAGACUGCUCAAGUGUUUUCCUUCUUUGUGGAGUUCCUUGUGAAAAAUUUGAAAAUCCGUCUCGCCUCGUCUUUGCCUAUUAUGCUGGGAGUGAACGAAAGGAGUGGAUCGCUAGUUUCGUCCUCUGCGGUGAUGCGUGAGUUUCUCCUUCAUUAAAAGUUAGCAAACCCAAGGAAAACGAACGGAAACACCUUGUCUUUCUAUGUGACGAAUGCUGUACUGUCACGAAUGCAUCUCAUUGUUCCAAUACAGAAUGUAAACAAACGUACUUUUUUGCUACUAAGAUUUGUCAUAUACUUUCAAUGCAAAUUCAAGAGAUCUUUCACUUUAUUCUUUUUUAUGAAGGAAAAAUUGGUAUCUAGAUUUGUUUUAUGCAGUUUGUUUUUUGAAUUUCCAUCAUGCUUCCUUGCUAUCAAGUUCCAAGACUUAUGAGCGAGAAAAGGUUGUACAAGAGUUGAAGUCGCUCUUUUUUUCGCUUUCUGUAAUCUCUUUCUAUUCUUCUCAAUCAAUUAACAUUUUCUAUAUCAAUACUUGUCAUUUCUCUUAUAUUGUUUGUUUAUAUUAUCCGUACCAAAACUCGAACCCAGUCCCUUUAGCACCACUGGU